UUGAGCCUUAUCGGGUUUCCUCAUCAAAAACACGCUGCUCUGCUCUGUUUUCCUCUGUUUCUCAGACAGAAUUUUCUUCAGGUUGAAGAAGAGAUUUUUGUGGAUGGCGAAUAAUCUGGUGUUCAGCGAUGAAGAGAUGGCGGUCGACGAGUGCCUCGGUUACCCGAAAGCCUACGCCAAGCUCUGUCGUGAUCGGAGUAUUGGGCCCUUCAGCCACGGCCCGCCUUUCACUUUCACUCCUUAUGCUCUUCCUCAAUCAGAGGAUUCAAGAGCAAAGGAACUGGAUGACAUGUUUCCUGUUACUGACCCCAAAGCAAAGCCUACAACCAAGCCCAAGAUCUUCUUGAGUCUCUUAUGGAAACAGCUCAAUCAUCUUGGGUAUGCCGGCUUUGAUCCAGAAAUAAUUCGUGUGGAUCCUUACGGCAAUGUGCUAUACUAUCAUGCCGAUGCUGCUUCCCCUCUUGCUUGGGAGAUUGAUCAUUGGUUUCCUUGCUCAAGAGGAGGAUUGACGGUUCCAUGCAACCUCAGAAUAUUGCAAUGGCAAGUCUGCAAAAGGAAGCAUAACAAGCUAGAGUUUCUCAUACCUUGGUGGGAUUUUCAAGUGGGCAUUUCCAUUAACCAGUUUUUGUCCAUCUUUGCUUCAUCCAACUCGGAUUUCAGGCGGAGAGCAUUUUCAUGGUUGUUUUCGGAAGGUGAAUGUGAAGAACUGAAUGCUUCACAGACAGUUGAUUCCCACACUUUCCCACAACAUUUCUUAGAAUCGAAAGGGAAACUAGGCUUGGCUCCAGCUGCUGUUGUUCUUUCUCGAAGAGAACCUUUUGAUGCUCCAUUUAAAUCAGUGGAUGUUAACCGAAGGCCUAGAUCAAGCACUCCGAUAGUAGCUGUGAAGAAAAUGAAACAGCUCCCGAAAGAAAAUGAAGAUCCGUUAAUAGUGUCCAAUCCGUAUCAAGCAAUUGUCAUGGCCAGAGAUUCUUUAAAACAGAGAGAAGAAACAGCAAAGAUGCAGGCAGAAAUACAGAAAUUAGAUAAUGAAGUCGGUGAAUUGCAGCAGAAGACCGAGGAGGAGAAACUUUCGAUCCAAGAACUGGAGUUGGUGCUGAUAAAGAAGAGAAGACGAGCUGAAAAGUGUCGACGACUGGCAGAGUCACAGUCUUCCUACAGGGCAAUGUUGGAAAAGAUGAUUAGAGAUGCCAUGCACCAGAGUGUUGUCUACAAGGAACAAGUGAGGUUGAAUCAAGCAGCGGCAAGUGCUCUUUUGGCCAGACUUGAAGCCCAGAAAGCAAUUUGUGAUUCUGCUGAGAGGGAACUCCAUAGGAAGUACAAACAAAGAGAUGAGCUAGAGAAACAGAUUAGACCUGAAUGGGAGCAAGCAAGGAAAAGGACAAGAAUGGAUGAUGCCCUUAAUGAAGAGAAAGAUGAUAAGAUUGCUCUGUAUUUGCCAGAAAACGAGCAAACGAAGCAACCAGAGGAGGAAAUGAAUGAUGCUUCACUUGCAGAAAAUGCCAAGCAGAAGAUUCUGUAUUUGCCAGAAGCUGAGUCCACUGCCCCUUUGCACAAGGAAUUGAGAAAGUUCUUGGAGGAAGAUCAGAGUGCUUCACCUGCAAGUUUACUGCAAAAUGAGGAACUAGGGCAGGAAGGGACCAAAGGACAUAGAGAGAUGACAAACAAUGUUAGCUUAUUGAAGUCUGCUGCAGUUGCAGGAGAGAAUAGGUAUGUAAUUGAAGAAAGACUUGAAAAGUUGGAGAUGCAAGAUGGAGGGAAAAUAUACAAUAUUCAGUUCCCAUUUAAUCAUGAACCAGACAAAGAGGAGGACGAAGAGAGCAGAAGACAACGUGGGAAAGGAAAUGUUGAGAAAUGGCUGCAAUUUCUUCUCCAAGGUACAGCAGAGGAUGCUGACUUGAAUACUCAAAGCACUGAUGAAAAGGAAACCACAAAGAGCGAUGAAUUAAUCAAGAAGCUGAAUCUGGUAUAUCCACUGACAGAGAUCAAAGUUUCAAGAGCUCAGGAAUCACAAUGUACUGAGACUGAAAAGGAGGUUGAAAAGUUAGAUGAUCAGGCUGUGAUACUGGACAAAAAUGACGAGAAAAAAACAGGCGGUGCUGUUGAAACGGCAGCCAGGAAUUCAGUCUCAGAUGGAGGAAAAGAGAAUGGGAAGAAGCAUUCAGUAGUUAAUAUGGCAAGUAACACUCCAUUUAAGAACCCUCCUUACAGAAUUGUGCCAGAGAAGAUUAAAGUAAAGGAAUCAGUUUCCAUAAGCAAAGGAGCAGGAAGAAUGAGUAGCCCUGAUGUGAAUGCUGCAAGAAGAGAGAAAAUCGGCAAGGAGAGGGAACUUUUGAGGUCAGAGAGUGCCAGAGCAUUUAGGCGAAUCCCAUCUUCUCCCUCUCUUAUCUUGGAAGGCAUGAAAAAGAGGGUGGACUGCAUAGGAAAGAAACCGUUGGUACUUGAUGACAAUGAUGGUGAUGACGGCCAUGCAGCCAGAAACAGCUUCCUUAAAUCAUCGAUCAAAACAAUAAAGAGAGCUGUGAGGAUUUAGGUUGUUUGUGCAGCAGUUAUCCUUUUGUGUGUGUGAUUUGUUGAGAGAGAUGCUCUCCUAACUAAAUAAGGGUGUGAAAUUUGUCAUUUGUUCUUUAUUGUUUUGGUUGUGAGAUAUGUAAUAACAGCUUGUUGUUUGACAGAAUCCAUUAAGUAGAAAAAAUGUUCAAAACAGAGCAAGUUGCAUUGACUGAGAGACAUGUAUGAUGGUAUGUUAUUUCAUGUAUUUUAAUGCUACA